AUGGCUUCAGCGUACGGACCUGAGGCGAACCUGAGGGCCCCCCUCAUCGACAACAUGGGUGCGCCCGAGCCGGGGCACCGCCAGGCACCUCCCAAUCCCACCUUCAGCUUCCCAGCUGCGCCUGCGAGCCCCGAUGGCACGACGCUCGACCGUGCCCGACCAGCUAGGACAUCCAGGAGACGCCCAAUGUCAGCCAUUGAGAACUCGACGCAGUCUUAUCACUUGGCGACGGAGAGAUCAGCUGGUCGUGUUGCGCUGCCGGCCUUCAGCUUCAACCCAGGAGCCUCCCUGCCAGUCGAUCCACUGGCACCCGCUAUGAGCCCGCCUCUGUCCCCUCAGUCUCCCAGAGUCCUGCCCUCAGGUGACAGGCCCAAGCAUGGUCAUCGACGAGGAGGCAGCGAGUUUGUGGGAGGAAGGAUUCGUGAAGGUAAUUCCAUUGCCGUGAUGGGCACCAGCCCUGUCAAGUCGGAAUUCGGCUCCUCGGUGAAUCUGGCGCCUCCACGCAGAGGUCACCGACGUGGUGUUUCUUCGGCCCUGUCAACGAACGACCUGUCCCUGCUGCCUCCUCCACAACAGGAUUUCUCAUUCAAGGGAAGCAGUGCGCCUAACUCGCCUACCGAUUUCGAGCGGACUCCGGCGCCCAUCCCUCCGCCUGCUGAGAACACGUCGGGCAACGAGGAGGACGACCUGCCACCUCCCAAGCCAGCAUCGCGCGCUCGCGUUGGAUUUUCCGACACUCUCGAGUUCAUCCCUCGACCACUCUCAUUGGUGUCAACCGACACCUCCAGUACAAUCACCGCCAGACCGAGUCACACAGUCUCCGGGAGCCAUUCCUCACCCGUGCCUGGAAGCUCACCGACAGGACGCGAGAGUCCGGCGUCUCGAUCACGUAGCCCCUCACAGGGCCCUGACUCGCGACCAAGCACAGCAGGCGCCAUCCUCGAGCGCGCUCCUACACUCCAACCAGAUGGGCAAAAUGCACCGCCUCGCCGCCGCAAUUCUAUCCCUGCCAUUGCGGAACUCACAGCCAGCACUGUCUCAGAGCCGCCAACACCGAGCCCGACCAAGUCCAAGCGUUGGACCUUCUUUGGACUGGACCCUUUCGCAGGGCACGGCCCUCCUAACAAGAAUCGCCCACACAGUGCCUCUUCCGCCGAAUCAGCUACGCGGGUCGUAUCUGGAACUUCCUCAUCCGACCUUGGCUCGGAUUCACCUACCGAGGAGCACAGUUCCAAGGCUGACAAGAAGAAGAGCAAGAAGCGAAAGAUAGUCAAGGGCUGGGCGGGCUCGAUUCUGCCCCGCAAACAGAAAGACGAUAAACGCUCCAAAUAUGCUGUUCGCCCCCCUACGCCUCCUGCCUCCGCGGUGGCCUUGGAAGAAGACGAUGAUGCGAUGGAUAUCGACGACCAGCCGUCACCAGCCCCGCCUACCGUCUUGAUCACUGAAUCGCCCACGCCUCCGAGACCAACUUCUUCUCGAAAAGCUGAGGACAUAUCGUCGCCCAUGAUUGACCUUGACGCUGCUCUUGGCCCGUUCAACACUCCUUUGGGAAACAAUCCCGAGUGGGAUGCUGCACAGAGGGCCGCUGGCAAUGCCGGCAGACGUCGGCUGCACAGUGCACAAGGCAUGCGUGGGUUCAGCGGACCGGGGAUGCACUAUCACAGGAGAGCGGAAUCUGCCCCUGACUUGCCGCCCUUCGAAAUGGGCCCCUCGAGCAUCCACCGGUUUGCGAGUAGCUCCACCAUGGCGGACGUUUUCGAGGAGGAGGAAGAGGAGGUGUACGACGACACUGCCAGCCGUCACUCGAAACCCCCGACGAUUUCGGAGCAGGAGUCUGACAACGACGCAACGCCCCCAGCAGUGGCACCAGCAGUGGCACCAGCAUUGGCACCCGAGCCUCCCCAGGAGCCGGCACGCAGCGUUCGCCGCAAGAGCUCCGGGAUGAGCGACAGGGACCAGUCCAGCAUGCAGUCGAUCCGCGCGCAGCGGUCCAAAAACUCGAUGCACGAGAGCGUCAUUCUAGAAGAGCCCGUCGUUCGCUUUCGCACCCACAACGUAUUUGAGGGCGGGUCGGAAGCGUCCGUGUCGCCUCGCCUUUCGCCGAGGCAGGCUUCUGGGACGCGGGAGCUACCCACGUUUCAGCUACCGGCGCCACCCGCACCCAGCGCCGUUCCCACAAGCCCCUACUCGGUGAGCUACUCGUCUUCGCCUCGCUCGCCCAUGUCACCGGAUACACAGCGGCUUUCAACAGCGCCGUCGUCUGUGCACGAGGACAACAGCUUCCGCUCGUUGCUCAUGGGCGAGCCCGGUCCAGAAGUGCGCCUGUCGGUGGAUUACGACGUUCCGUCGCUGACAUCGAGCAACUCCAUCAUGACGAGGGACAGUCAGUAUCCACCCCAGGCACGCAUGUCGCAGCCUACACUUCGCGAACCCCGCCCGUUAUCCGUGUCGUCUGCAGCGUUCGGCCGUCGCCGAUCAAGUCUGGUCAGCCUGAGCCGUUUGAUCAGCAGUUCCCACGGCGAGAGGAGCAAGUUGUCGAUGGAAGUGCCCAUGGACGCCGAGGGGGAGGCCAAGAAGACGCGCGGCAGCCGCACGAAACGUCUUGGCCGCCUCGUGCAAUUCUGGAAGCCAAAGGAAGAAGGCAUCCAAACUCAAUGA